AAUUGCUCUUAAGUCAGAUGGAAGAUUAUGGGAUGCACUUUUCACCAGACUCGUGGAGUUCUGGCAGCGGUGUAGAAGCGAGUCUUCACUUCGAAGAAACCGGUGAUACUUCUGAGGCAGUUUCAACCUCUGUCUCACAGGAGAAACAAAAUUUUGCUGUCCCAAGAAGCCAGGAUGGCAACAUCACUGGCACUCUGCACAAUCCCAGCACUGCUCCAGAGAAACCUAAAGGAAAGGCCCGGGUGGUGUUCACAGAGAGACAGCUGAAUAUUCUUGUCCAUCAGUUUAAUGUGAAACGUUACUAUGAGCCAAGUGAGAUGAAGCAGUUGGCAGAGAUGACAGGACUGACCUACAAACAGGUAAAAACUUGGUUUCAAAACAGACGGAGUAAGUUUAGGAGGAGUUCACAUCCUCAGCAUGUGAAUCAGGGCGUCCCACUUCAUUUUCAGGGAGAGGGACAGCCCCCACUCAGGCAGGAGUACACCCAGGACCUGGAGGUAAACUUAAUCACAAAUGGUGCAAAUUAUCAGGGCCCCUAUCCUCAUCCUGUGGACAGUUUUGCUCCUGGACCUCAAUGGACCGUCCCCAACUCGCACCAGAUGUUUGGCUGGUCGAUGCCACCAGGCAACGGCCAGUAUGAAUUCAACCCUGUUGCUGCUGAUCAGCAGGAGGAGAAGAGUCUGACGAAGCAGCAGAGGAACAUUUAAGCUACUUGGACUCAGCUCAGCCACUCCAGAGAAAACAAUGAGUUCGACACAGAAGGACCAACAUGGACCGAGAAGUCAGCGCUCUCAGGAGGCCGACAAACCUCACAGAA